UUCAUUCAAGAAAUUGAGGAUGGGGUGCACAUUUUUACAAAUCUGUUUAUUUAUAAAUAAAAACACUCUACUGUAGAUAUAAAGUUAAUAUGCAUGAACAAAUAAUGAAGCAGCAUUUUAGUUGGAAAAAUAACGUCGAUCAAUUUGUCUUUAAAAAUUGCUUAAAUGAUCAAAUUUGUCGCAGAAAUUUUAAAUUAAGAAAAAAGUUGUGUGAAUAUAAUCAAAAAUAUAAAGAAGAGAAUGACAGUGAGUUAAAAUCUAUUGCAAAAACCGGAACGCUAAUAAUCAGUACUUCACCACCACAUCGAACUUCCAAUACAUUUAGCAUAAAAUAUUUUACGUCGUCAUUACCAAUAAGAUUAUCCAAUUCAUUUUCAUAUUCAACGCAAUCGAAUACAACGAAAAACUUCAUGCUCUCACUUAUUUUUAAUUCUGUUCAUGAUUUAAUAGUAAGAAAAUCUCUUAAACAGAUUACCGGAAGCCUGUUAACAUUAAUGACUUUGUUGGGAAAUCAAUAUUACAAAACGCAUUUGGAAAAAAUAGUUUUGUUCACCACGCAAAUGUUGCCAUUUUGUACAGGAAUAACUUGUAAAAUUCAACUAAGACUACACAGUCUUUUGUUCGCUUGGUUUUGGUUGGUCUUCACGUUGCAUAUUGGUUUUGGAUCGGCAGAUCAAGUAAUAUUACUGGAUACAACAAGAGAAGCGACACUAGAAUGGACACGAUAUCCUUAUGGACCUCAGGCUCAAACCCCAGGAUGGGUUGAGGAGUCAUUUACCGAUUUUGUGAAAGGUAUAAACUGGAGAAGUUAUGUAGUGUGUGAUGUUGCCUACCACAAUGUUAACAACUGGUUGUGGUCGCCUUUUAUUGAUCGUGGUCCAGCCAAUCGACUGUAUAUAGAAAUACAGUUUACAAUUCGAGAUUGUUCUUUAUUUCCAGGAAAUGCAUUGUCAUGCAAGGAAACGUUUAGCUUAUUAUAUUAUGAAUUUGAUGCAGCAACACGUGAACCACCGCCAUGGCAAACUGAUAGUUAUAAACUAAUUGCUCGAAUAGCUGCUGGAGAAGGGCGUUUUAAUCAAAACUCAGAUGUUGAUAUUAAUACUGAAGUAAAAAGUAUAGCUGUCACAAAAAAAGGAGUCUACUUCGCUUUUCGUGAUCAAGGAGCGUGUAUAAGCGUAUUAGCUGUAAAAGUUUAUUAUAUAACUUGCCCUGCAGUAACCGAAAAUUUUGCACAUUUCAAUGAAACUCCAACAGGCCGGGAGAUCACAAUAAUUGAAAAGCAGAAUGGUACUUGCGUUGAAAAUGCUGAACCCUAUGAACCGCCCACUUACUUAUGUAAGGGAGACGGCAAAUGGACAAUUCUAAAUGGUGGAUGUCGUUGCAAAGUAGGAUUCGAGCCUGACAAUAUAAAUAAAACGUGUAAUGAAUGUGCUGCUGGAACAUUUCGUUCAGAUGAAAUUGCUAAUUGCAUUCAAUGUCCGCCAAAUUCAAACGCCUUAAAAUCAGGAGCAGCAUUUUGUAAAUGUUUGCCAGGAUUUUAUCGACAUCCUCGAGAUGGUAAACAUAUGCCUUGUUAUAAAGCUCCUGGACCUCCAACUAAUCUCACACUGCUGUUCGUUGAUCAAACAAGUGCAAUACUUUCUUGGAACUCGCCUGUUCGAGACAGUGCAGAAUCAGUAUUCAAUAUAAAAAAUACAAAAUAUCGUAGUGAUAUUAUAUAUAAAGCGCGUUGUAGUUCUUGUUCACCGAAUGUAGUAUUUAAUCCCAGUACUGAUACUUUUAAUGAUACUAAGUUAACUUUGACUAAUUUGGAAGCUGUUACAACUUACGUAGUACAAAUUCAUACUAUAAAUGGACUUUCUUAUAUAGAAUCAGAAAUAUAUCUAAACGAUACUAUUGUUGGAAACACUGCUGUUGAAACUUUAGGAAUUUCAGAUACUAAGCCUAUAACUCCGAAACGUAGUCAACAAUCAAUAGACUUUGAUAAUAUAAAAACUGAGUAUGCUGAAAUAAGUUUUACAACGGAAUCAGCAAUUUUGUCCACUGUUUUUAAUGUACGUGUUUUGAGUACAACCAGUAAUGAAGUGGAUUUAGUUUGGGAUAAACCUGUGCAGAGUGACGCACCAAUUGAAUUUUAUGAAGUACGUUGGUUUCCAAAAUCCGAACUAGAUGCAAUCAAUAAAACUGCCUUAAAUACAAGAGAAACGAAAGCACAUAUUGAAGGACUUAAUGAAAAUACAGAAUAUGGCUUUCAAGUACGGUGUAAAACUUUAAACGGCUUUGGUACUUAUAGCAAUAUUGUUUAUGCACAUACUCAUCAAGCUGUUAGUUCAGUAUAUGACGAUUCAAUACAAAUGCGUAUUAUUGCCGGGGCUACAGUUGCAGUUGUUUUUAUAUUAGUUCUUGUUAUUGUAGCAACUGUUUUAUUUUUGCGAUCUAAACAUCAAGAUGAUUUAGACAAAAAAUCAAGUAACCAUCUGCCAUUGCCAUUGGAUUACGCAAGUAAUGAAGUUCAUGCUGUGGAUACUACACCAAUAGUUAAAACGAUUCAAUCAAACGGUAAAUUCUUUUUCUUUUUAUACAUGGAAGAAUUUUAUUUUGUACUCGACUGUAAAAUCUCUAGAUUAACGGCUCAGCAGUUAUCUGAUAUGGGUAUCACAUUAGUUGGACAUCAGAAAAAGAUCUUACAUCAAGCUAGACAGUUGGACACCAUAAUUUAA